AUGUCGAUCCCUAGAACACAACGAGCGUGGCUUGUGGCUGCAAAGGGUACUCCCGCGCAAGUCCUACGUAUGGACGACAACGUACCCGUUCCAACAUUGGCGAAAGGAGAGGUGCUCGUACAAGUCCGUGCUGCAGCCUUGAAUCCCGUAGCCUACAAGAUCAUGGGUAUGGUUCCCGGCUUCAUUCUCAAAAGACCCUACAUCCCCGAGCACGACCUCGCCGGUAUUGUCGUCGAUGCAAAUGGAUCCAAGUUUAAGACGGGCGACGAGGUCUUCGGAUUUCUCUCAGCUCCGCCUGCAUUCAGACGACCGAGCGGCACACUUGCACAAUAUGCCCGUGUGCCUGCGUCUGCCUUAGUAUGUCGUCCGACCAAUAUUUCAUGGACCGAGGCUGCGGGCAUUCCCCUCGUGGCGAUGACGGCAUACCAAGCACUGUUCAAAAUCGCUAAACUCGAGGCUGGUCAGUCGGUGUUCGUCAAUGGGGGCAGCACCGCCGUCGGUGCAUUCGCAAUACAGCUUGCCAAGGCCAACGGCUGCACAGUUGCGGCCAGUGCAUCAGGCAAGAACGAAGCAUUUGUGCGAGGUUUGGGUGCAGAUGAGUUCUUUGACUACACCAAGGGCCCAUUGCACGAGACCCUUGCAGCCGCAAACCUGCCAAAAUUCCACGUCUUCCUUGAGGCGGUUGGCCCGCAGCCAAAGGGCUUCGAUAUUGGCGGGUUCUGGAAACUGGUUUGGAAAGUGUAUUUACAACCUGGCUGGUUGGGGGGAACACGGCGCUCAUGGCGCAUCAUCUCAGUAGCAAAUAACGGGGAUGAUCUCCAGCGUGUGGCCGCGUAUGUCUCGGAAGGAAAAAUUAAACCCAUUGUGGACUCUACCUUCGCCUUUGAGGAUGCGCUGGAGGCGUACGAGCGCAUGACGUCUGGCCGAGCGACGGGCAAGAUCGUUAUUAAAGUGGAUCCGAAUGUGGAUUGA